AUGGGCAAGUAUCUGAUGUCAUUUGAGGACAACAGUUCUGUCGAAGAUGCGAUGUCGUCCACUACCAUUGAUGAUGAAAGAUGCACUACCCCCACUUCUAGUGAUACAUGUGACAAUUCUGAUAAAUCACAUUUGACUCGGCGCUACCUGGACUGCCCUUGGAAAGGCAGAACAUUCAUUAUCCGCGAUUCUGUCACACAUCUUGUGAUCGGGCUUCAAAAGGGCAAUAUUGAACUUGUGCCCGAUUAUCACAAGCGGUGGUGUGGUGUCUACUGGACAUGCGUUGAAUCUGAAAAUAUGGCCAUGGGGUUUCAAAAUGUGAUCUCCGGCACCUUUCUAGGGCAACGCGAUAGCUAUCGUCAGGAACCUGUUAUUGCGGACAAAAAAUACCACGAGGACAAUGAGGCAUUUUGUGUGCGACAACAUCCUUCUGGUGGCUAUAUCAUCCUCAAAAAAAAGGGAGGUGGAUUUUUACCGAUGCGGAUAGGGUCGGGUAACACGCUCCAGGUCGGUCCUAAUCGAGAUGAAGUUACAAUAUGGGAGUUUAUUCGAGUUGACAAUGAUGUUUGA